AUGUUUGAGGAGGCAGUUUCGAAAAGGAGAAAAGGGGUGGAGAAAAGGUGGAAGAACGGAGGACAGUGCUAUUAUCCGAUAUAUUUAUUCGCGGCAGCUAUAGUUCUUCUUCAUCAUCAUCAUCAUCAUCAUCAUCAUCAUCAUCAUCAUCAUCAUCAUCAUCAUCAUCAUCAUCAUCAUCAUCUUUAUCGUCGUUAUCAUCGAUCAGUAUCAUAA